AAGCCUGCCACCUGGCACAUACUCAAAUAAUGGCGCUGAAACCUGAAGCGCUGGCUGAAGCUCCAAUUGAGCUGAAGGAAGAACCGAUCGAAAAAGUGACACUCUCUGGCAGGACAGAAGAGAGGGAAAGCAAGAGACAGAGGCAGACUGAUGCAAAGGAGACAGUAUUGUGACAAUAUUAUGAUUUUUUUUGCACUUUCUUUUUUUGCAAACCUUUCCCCCUGAUCACUAAUAGAGGGAAUGGAUUAUGACUGCAUUGUGACAUUGUACUCCUUGAGAGUCUCAGGCUAAAAGGAACUCUAUAACAGGUGCUUUCUCAAAGGAGCAUCGGUAUGAUUUCAUCCAUACUGUCUUGAAACUCGUGAAUGGCACUCAGAAUGGGGAAGUUUGGGAUUGUAAUGGGGUUGAUUGUCUUAUUGGGUGAAGUAUCCACCAUUUCCGAAGGAAAUAAAAAGAAGGACCAGAGAGAAGCAGUUCUGAAAGAGUUGGUUGAGAUAUGGCGGAAGGGUGGAGGCUGGUACCCCCGCAGAGAACAGCCAUCUCCAGAGAGAGGACAGGAUGAACAAAUCCAUACAGUCCUAAGGAACAUUGUUGGAGGUCUCAAGUCUCUAGGACUCCUUCCCAAGAAAGCUAUUGGUUUACCAUCUCUUAACAAGCCACUUGACCGGAACAGGCUGUCAGGAUUUCUUUAUAACAUCUCAAUGUAUCUUCAGGAAAUGAGUGCUGAACUAGAUGAUGAUAUAUCUUUCAGCGAUGAUCAUUUUUGGGAAAACUUGCUGCAUUCUUUUCUCCAGUCUGAUGGAAAAAUACCACUAGAAGAUUGGGCUGGGAGGGUUCCUCCUAGACCAAGCUUCAGGCUACAAGACCUCUUCCUCUCUCUAAGAGGCAGCCCACAUUGGGAUGGACUACUUGGACUGGUGCAGAGCAUCCUUACACUCAUAGAACAGCAGCCGCAAAGACCUCUUCUCACAUUUGUGUCGCAGAACUGGAAGACCAUCAGUGCCUUGCUUGACACUGCUCUACAAGCUCUUGUCAGUGGGACCUAUAGCCAGGCCAAUGCAGGUCUCCAGGGAUUUAUCUGUGUCCUGAAAGGGCAAAGUGAUUGUGCUUUCAACCUGAGCUGGCUGCAGCAACUCCUGACGUUCCUGGAGGCAAGGAACUGGAAACCUAUGGUUAAUCUGCACCCUGCAGGUGUAGCCAGUGACCACAGAGACAGUAACUUCUUGGCAGGACGUUUUAAGCCAUUUAGCAUUCCACCUGAGAUUUUACGUGAGGUGAACAAUAAAUCUCAAGAUAUAGACAGCCUUAGCAUUGUGCAAGCCCUACUUCUGCAAGCCCUGUCAAAGUCAAACAGUGGAGAAAGAGCAGUACAGUUUGCUGAGCGUAAUCCUGACCUUGUCCAGGGUCUUGAUGGCCUCCGACGUGGAUUCCUGCACAGAGUGGGUAGCACGGUGUACAGUAAUCUGAGGAGGAAGGUGUCGCGUGUGACCAUAGCACUGCUGGAUGAUCUAGGUAGCAUGGCUGGUGAGCCACAGUCCACUCAACUGGGAAAAUGUUCUGUAGGUGACCUGAGACAGUUGAUAUUGUGGGGGAUUAGACAUAAUCUGACAUGGAAUGCUCAAGCCAUGGGUUUCACCUCACAUGGUUUACCGAGUCGGCCAUCUUUGAUGUCCUGUUCAUCUUCAGAGACAGAAAAACACAACUCAAAACAACAGCAAUCAUCAAAAAGAUCCAGCCUCCUCCAGCCUCAGCCAUUGUUCCUUAAUCAAACAGAAUCAGAGCUGCCAGCCUCAGCAGAGAUCCUGGAAGCAGCAUGCAAUGCCUCUAUUCCAGGUCUCACUGGUGUUUCAAACUUUACCGUGUUUCUCUACUGUAAUCUUUUUGAUGGAGCUGAUGAAACAUUGGACCCGGAGGCUGGUCAUGUAGUGCCUGACCUGCAUGUCAGCUGUUCUAAUGCGGCAUGGUACCUCUCUGCUGCAGAGGAAGAUUUCCUGUGGGUACAUGUGUGCAGUGAAUUCUUCGCACAAGAUUUCAAUAAUACAGUAUGUGCCAACUCUUCCUUCUGGCUACAGCGAGCCCAUCAGGCUGCCGUUACCAAGGACUACCAUUACCUCAACCAAUCAAGUAUUGAUGACCUCUGCAUACAACUCUCCAGUGAAGUUGCUGGCAGUUCUACAAGUAUUGCAACUGAGGACUGCUUAGAACUGCUCAGUGCUAGAUCUCUAAGUGCACAAGAUUUCAGGAGGUGUUUUCUACCUAACAACUCCGCUCUGAUAUUAGCCUUGUGUGGCAAUGUGUCAUAUCCAUUAGUUCACACUGGCUGGGCUGCAGAAUAUUGCUCCAAAAUCCUGAACAAAGAUUCCCACCAUGACUCCAAAAAUGUUCUCUGUGACUUUUUAAAUUGGACUGCAGAGCAUUUCACCAACUCUGAUCUGCUUGAACUCUGUGGAGACACUGCAGGGCUGAGGGAUUAUAUCUGCAAGAACAUGAGCCUGUACGUCAUGCUGGUUCCUAAACAGCCUGUACUCUUAGACUACUGCAACUCCAUAUCAGAACCGAAGCAGGAGACCCAGUGUGUCCUCCAGCAGCUGUUUAACAUGCUGCCUGCCCCGUAUGACUUUGACACUCAUCAGCUCUGUAUAAAUCCUAUUCCCAUCCUACAGGAAGCUGUGUAUAAAUUAAACCAUUGUGAGGGUGUUGUUGAUGAACGUGUGGGCUGGCUGGCCACCGUAAGCUAUGUGCUCCAAGUGUUAGAUUUUGUUGUGGGGCUCUCAGCAGGCCUUGAAGAAGGGGAACGGGAGGUGCGCCAGGGCCUCGGCCAAGCUAUUCUUCUGUCCAGACUUCUGGACAAUUCCUCUUUCUGGGGUACCCUCAGGCCUGAUGCAUCCGUUAGUGUGCUCCAAACUGUUGGUGUCUUUCUCAGACGAGAGCAGAAUCUAUCUCUUAAGGAAGAACUUCUUAGUUGUUUUAGUCCUGUCCUUUGGGAUCUCAUUCAAAAAGAGGACAACUCCUCUGCACUGAGAUUUUUAAUACAGGAAUACCUCCAGAUGCCGAGAGAAAGAAUACGCACCCUUGUGCUGUCUGCAGAAAAAGAUGCAGUGAAAAGAUUUCUGUCUCAUGUACAUCAGAGCUGGGACCAGCUCCAAGUGGAGACAACGCAGGCUUCCCCAAAGGAAAAGGAGGCCAUGGAGACUAUGACUGCUGCCUUCAUCCACAAAUUCCCACGUGUUACGCCAGAGCUAUUUGUCGACCUCUCACAGUUCAUCCCGUAUAUGUCUGUAUCUGACAUAAUGAAUUUUCCUGCAUCACUGAUUGCCAACGAUAGUGUGUUGAUGGCUAUUCGAGAUCACAGCUCGGAAAUGAAGUCUCCUCAGAAACAAGCUUUCGCAAAACGUCUCCUACAGUCGAAUGCAGUAGGGGACGUUUCCUCUUGGCCACCAUACUUCCUCACCUCUGUUCUUCCCCUUCUCCCACAUCUUCCUGUCAGCCACUUCCAACAGCUGACAUCCCAGCAGCUCAGCCCGCUGGUCGAACUGUUGGCUAACAGCAGUCUGGAUGCCAUAAGGGGGAGACAUGUGCUUCGCACCCUGUUCAGCAAGAGGAAGAAUCUCACAAGUGAUACGAUAAUGAGGUUAGGCAUCCUAAUAUGCUACGUGAAUUCAGAGGAACUGCAUCGUUUCCUUUCUAUACCACCUGUCUCGCCUCUUCUGUGGCAGCAGCUGGCACAGUGUAUUUCAGAUGGUCAUGUCAGUGGAAACGGCAGACUUUCCCACUGGCUGGCCCUUUCUCUCAAACCCCUUAAUGCCAGCUCGUUGUCUUCUCCGGCACUGGCCUCUCUCCAUGGUGUAUUACCCCAACUUGGCUCAUCAUUCCUGCAACCAUUAUCCUCAAAUGAUUUAUUGGAACUCUUCUCUCAGCCUGAUAUACCUACUUUCCCACCCGCACAGGCGUUCCAAAUUUUAAACAAAAUAUUCCGAGAAACAAAUAUCAGUGCCAACACACUGUGCAAGCUAAAGCCAUUAUUUCAGGGUUUAGCUCCUGCUUUCUUAAAAAACUUGACUGUACCUGACUCGAUGGGAAUGGCAGAUUGUCAGUGCUGGAGCUCUCUGCUGAGCGACCUACAGCCUGCACAUCGUGCAAUGGUGCAUAGCGCACUACAACAGCUUCUGGAGCAUUUGUCGACCAAUAAGACACUCUACCUGCACUGUCUUUUACCCUUCAUUUCCCUGAAAAAACUGGCCACUGAGCUUGAUGGACAGACGAUCCUUCAUCACAUUCCUCUGUACAGAAACAUGUCUUGGUCACCUCAACAGGCUCAGUUGCUUUACAGAAUGAUUCAGCAAGCUGAAAACGUCACCCGAGAUACAGUACUACAUUUAGGCCGCAUUGCAAGUGGGAUGAGCUGUAAAAGCCUACAGCUUUGGGCCAAUGAUUCAGACUUUUCUGAACUGUUACGGUUUAUUACAGCGCUGCCCGGCAGAUUGAGGCCAGCUCUGAGGAAGUGUGUGGUAGAGGAACUUAGAAAAAGGCCAGAUGUGGAUCUGGAUGGCUUCGACCCAUCAUUCGCUGCAGGAUUACCCGUGACGAUGAUUGAGCGCCUGUCCAACGCAUCACUCUCGGCCGUCCUGAACCACCUUCGAAGACACUUUAUUGAUUUCCUGGAGCUUCCACGACAUAAGCAGAUGACCUUGGCUGAGAAAGCCAUCGAUGUGCUUAUGAUUGCUGAGGACAGACUCUCCGGGGCGUCCAUGGACCUGCUGGGUCCUCUUCUCUUCUUCCUGGACAGGGACAUGUUGUCUCAGGUGGACAGAGAGGCUCUGAAGCUGCGCCUCGAGGACCUGAAACAGUACUGCAUGCCCUCUGAUACCUUCAGAGAAAUGGCUUCUCUGCUUACAGAGAGAAGUAUGCUAGGAGAGCCAAAGUCAUGGACAGUAGGAGAUGUUGAGCAUGUAGACCGGCUAGUGUUCACCCUGUCACCUCAACUGUUGCGCUCUCUACAACUGGAUGACUUAGAUAAAGACACAGUUGAGCAAGUCCUGCAAAGUCAGUGGCAUUGGAAAGACACAGAGCUUGGUAAAGUGUGUGCGGACCCCAAAGGACUAAAAGACAAGAUUUACAGCUUAAUUCACAAAAUAAUCAGAGGACGGAGGUGGAGCAGAAGAGAGCCAAUCCCGAUUUGUGCGGAUAUCAAAGGGACGUUUCCCUCAGCAUGGCGUUGGUACCAGCUCAAUCGAAUGAAGAGAAAAGAAAUGAAGGAGUGUGUUGAGUUCCUGGGUCAGGAUGGUUCUCUUGAUGCUGAGCAACGCUGGGCACUGUGGACAGAACUCAGACCGGUUUAUAAGCCAGUGAGGACACUCAGGCCAGAGCAGAUACUGGAGCUGGGCUGUAUCAUCACUGAGAUGAGUGAGAGAGAGCUGCAGGCUGUGAACCUGUCUGACUUAGCUGUGGUGGCUCAUGUUGGAAGCUUUAAAGCGUGGAACCCAAGAAAAAUGAGAGCGGCUCUACAGGGAUUCCUGCGACGCCGCAAAGAGAAGCCUGAAGACCUUGGAGUGGUCGAGUUGGUUUCUCUUGGCAAUCUACUUUGUGGCUUCACUCCCACAGAAAUUUCCCGUCUAGACCCAUUUAACCUGAGCAUGGCUGCGAUGUUCCUGAGGGAGACGUUCCUGUCAUGCUCUGAGCACCAAACUGAGGCUCUGACCGCUCGACUCUCCAGCCCUCUGGCCUUCGGUCCUGUCAGUGGCUGGAGCUCUGAGAUUUUCACUGAGAUUGGGACUCUGGCAGCUGGACUGGAUGACAUAGUGUUGUCAUCCCUCGUGAGGGAACAAAUAGAAGGGCUGACUCCAUUAGCAAUAUCCCUGAUACCCCCAAAAAAGAUGGCUGUGGUGUUCAGUGCAAGUCAGCUGUCCUGGCUGAGCUCUGAACAAGCGUGGGCUGUGACAGACGAGCAGUGGCAAAAGCUGGACAAUGAGCAGAAACAAGCAUUAAGCAUGGCACUAUAUGAAGGGGAUGUGAUGCUUGGACACAGAGGAAGGAACCAGGCUCCCUCAGUUUGGUUUGCUGACAACCUCAAAGCAUGCACACUCUUGUUACUCUGUACUCUGUUGCAUUUAUUAUAACCACCCAUGGGAGUGUUACUCUUUCAUAUUUAUUUGCUGUACUUUAUUAAAUUCUUACUUUUUUUUGAUUAAAAACCAACUUCAGAAGAACAGUAUGGGCUUUGAUAUUGUUCUCAUGUUUCAUUUCCUUUUCUUUUUUUUCCAC